AUGACGAGGGUGACAUGUGUAGCCAACAUGACAAGGAUAACACGCAUGACGCGAGCAAUGGGAACCGUUGGGACGGUGGGGAGGAGCGCCCCCAAGCGAGCAGCAGACACGCACGACUAUAAACAGUGGACAUUCUCAAACAAAAGACGAUUCAUGUCAACCGCGCAAAACACAGCCAUGAACCAAGUCACAGAGAAAAACGAAUCUGUAAAAAAAAAAUCCGAUCAUGCUGAAAAUAGCGCACAACAAAAUGAACUGAAGAAAUUUUCCAUUUUUCGAUACAACCCACAGAAUAAUAAAAGACCCAAAAUGGAAACAUUUGAAGUAGAUAUAGAUAACUGCGGACCGAUGGUUUUAGAUGUCCUGAUUAAGAUAAAAGAUGAAAUAGAUUCUACGUUAUCCUUCAGGAGGAGUUGUCGUGAGGGUAUCUGUGGCAGUUGCGCUAUGAACAUAAAUGGGAAAAACGGCUUGGCCUGUUUAACUGAAGUAAAUAAAGACAAAAAGGAAGUCACCGAAAUUCAUCCCCUGCCCAAUUUGUACAUUAUAAAAGACCUAGUCCCAGAUUUAACAAAUUUUUAUAAUCAGUAUAAAUCUAUUGAUCCUUGGUUAAAAAGAAAAACGAAAAAAGAAAAAGGGCAGAAAGAAUUUUACCAAUCUAUUGAGGAUAGGAAAAAAUUAGAUGGCCUUUACGAAUGCAUUAUGUGUGCAUCUUGCUCCACUUCGUGUCCGUCUUAUUGGUGGAACCCGGAAUAUUAUUUAGGCCCUGCCACGUUAAUGCAAGCCUAUCGAUGGAUUGUCGACAGUAGGGAUGAAUAUACAAAAGAACGUCUGAUGGAAGUUAAUGACACGAUGAAGUUGUACAGAUGCCAUGGCAUCAUGAAUUGUACCCUUUGCUGCCCGAAGGGCCUGGACCCAGCCAAAGCCAUCAGAAAUAUGAAAGAGUUGGUGCAGGAAAAAUUUUCCAAGGAAAGCAUAAAAUCGCACGCGAAUUAUGUGAAGGAAAAGAUGGAGAAAACGAAGUAG